AUGCCUCGUCCUCCUCUUAACGAGGAUCCUCACAAUUUGCGGCGUAUCGACAUUCUGAAGAGCCUGCACAACGUAAUUUAUCAUCUUCGUCACCUUCCUCAUCGACGCAAUGAAGUGAGAGCCAUGCUCAAAGAUAUUCUUGCAGAAAUGCCCACCGCAUUCGCAAGCUCAAUGACGGAACGUGAUUCUCUUUUUGGGCGGUGUUCUUCAAACCUUUACCUUAUGGUGCCUGUUUCCCUCAGACUUCUUUGGAAACAUAACGACCGGGACACUGAUAGAGAUGUAGCCAAGGAUCUGAUCAAAUGCAUCCCUGAGGAGUUGCGGCAACCCAAGCUGUUCGACCCUGAAGUCGAGGAGCCAUCUAGUGAGGAAGAGUCCGAGCGGAACAAUCCCCGAGGUCACCGCGGUCACCACGGUCACCACGGUAGAUAG